AUGGCGGCCGCAGAGAUUCAAGUUGUAAAUCCAUCUAAUUUAGCGAAAAUUGAAAGUUUUCUCAAUGACCCAAGCUAUAAGGAGAUUAUUGAAAACUCAUCAACAUUCAAUUCGCGACUAUGCGCCGAGCGGAGGAUGCGGAUGCCGUUUAUAGACACACAGACAGGUGUAGCUCAGAGUCAUUCAAACUUAUUUAUGACAAGGAAACAACGAAUGCCUGGUGCACGAGAGGGCCAGCUAUACACAUACCCAUCACAAAGAUGGAGAAAAGCCCGUCGUCAAUAUCUUACUAUGUCGUCAACGAGGUGGGGCUGGAGUGCAGCGGAAGCAGCUGAUAAUAUCGGUGAAGGUGAAAACAGUUCCGGCAUACCCGACGGGCUGGUCGGUGAGGACAGUAGAGAUGGAUCACAGAGUGCCGCUAAAGAUGAUCCUAAGGAAUGGUUCUAUGACGAGUUAGCGAUGGAGGAAAUGGAAACCGGUGAGGAGCCCGACCCUGAGUCAGAUGAAGAUUACUAUGACGACACAUACGCCAACCGCCGCAAGAGACGGGGGGCUGCGCCCUCCGGCCCGGGCUCACGUGGAGGUCGGGUCCGAAAGUCCCAACCCGAUGAUACACCUGUCAAAAGAGGACGAGCGGGUCGCGGUCGAAAACGUGCUGGAGUCCCCGCCCUGUUGCCGUACGAAGUCCCCGGUGAUAGUGAGAAGCCCUACGGAUGUGAACUUUGCGGGGCGAAGUACAAGACGCGGCCGGGGCUGACGUACCACUUCACGCACACGCACAAGGACGCGGCCGGCAGCGACAACGACUCGAGGGACAGCCGGCCGGCCGCCUCGCCCGCCGCCGCCGACUAUCAAGACAGUUAUGUCACAUUCAUUAAUAACCCCACGGGGAGCGCCUCAAUGGCAGCCCCCCGCCGGCCGAGUCCUCCGCCGCGGCCCGCGUCAGCUGAUACCUCGUCCUCGGACUCCGCCCUCGCGCCUUUAGUGCCGCCGACGUCUUCGCCUGCGCCGGCCCCGGCCUCCGCCCCCGGGCCUUUGCCAGGGCCCGCAACAAGCAGCACAGACCUCAAGGACCUCAAAGAACCUGACACUAAGGUGUCGCCAUCCCCGUACUGCGACUUCUGCCUCGGUGACGACCGUGAGAACAAGAAGACCGGCACGCCCGAGAGACUAGUGAGCUGCUCCGACUGUGGCCGCUCAGGUCAUCCUACAUGUCUCCAGUUUACUGUGAACAUGAUCGUGUCAGUGAGGAAGUAUCGCUGGCAGUGCAUCGAGUGCAAGUGUUGUUCGGUCUGCGGAACCAGCGACAACGAUGACCAGCUGUUGUUCUGUGACGACUGUGACCGCGGCUACCACAUGUACUGCCUGGCGCCGCCGCUGGACGCGCCGCCCGAGGGCUCCUGGUCGUGCGCGCUCUGCAUCAAGGAGUUCCACUGA